CCGGAUUCGGUCGAUACUAGAAACUCUCAGACAGUCUCAGACUCUUCAUGUGCGGCAUCUUCUGCUCGCUUCACGUAGGAUGUUGUGGCGAUACUGAUAACAUUCAUGGCGGACCGAACAAUGCCGUUUAUCACGAAUUGUCCGAGCGAUUAAAAGUCGCCAAUGCCGCUCGUGGUCCCGAUGCACAAGGAACUCAUCACGUCCGAGUCCAAGGGACAUGGUCUGGUGAAGCACAGGCCCCAUCUCCGAGCAAGACAUGCGGCCUGGCAGCACUCGACCUUGAGUUCUUUGCUUCUGAGCUCCGGCUUCGAGGCGACGAACCCAUAGUGCAGCCUCAUCAACAGGACGGGGAUGUCUUUUGCUGGAAUGGCGAGGUUUUCGAAGGCUUGGAUGUCGAUGCAUAUGAAAAUGAUGGCGCAAAACUCUUUCAAAGCAUACACGCACACUCUGCGAUGGAUGAUCUCCCUUCUCUGUUGGGGAGGAUCGAGGGACCAUAUGCAUUUGUCUAUUACCAUGCCGAAUCUCAAAAAUUGUACUUUGCUCGAGACCCCCUUGGACGCCGAUCUCUGCUCAUCCACAAGCCUUCUGUGUUUAAUCCAUAUUUCUUACUUGCAUCUGUCUCCGUUGGAGAUGAUCAAGGAUACGUCAUGGAAGAACUAUCUACUGAUGGGAUAUUUUGCCUCGAUGUGGGACAACUGUGCGAAUCCAAAGAGAUCACGCAACAUUUCGACAGCAGCUUGACAUGUAUUCCACGACAUAUUGAUCAGCAAAUUCUGCCAUUCGCAAAACUUGGUCGCGUGAACGCCACGCUUCCUCCGGAUGCACCGCCACUUGUGUCCUCGUUGGACUUUGCAAUAGUACCGCGUGACCUGGCCAUCGCCAUCGAUCACCUUAUCGAUCACCUGGACAAGAGUGUGAUGCUUCGUGUUCAAAAUAUCCCGGGAAGAACGUCGUCCGAAAGGGGGAGAGCGCAGGUCGCAGUCCUCUUCAGUGGCGGCAUCGAUUCAACAAUGCUAGCCUUCCUUGCACAUAGACAUGUACCACUGGAUGAACCCAUAGAUCUGCUCAAUGUGGCCUUCCAGAAUCCGCGAAAGAUACAGGUUCAAACUGAUGGUAACAUAGGGGCUAUUCCCAAGCGCGAAAAGAAGCGACAACUCAAAGCAGCAGAGAUCAAUGGAGCGGUGAAGGAAUCCACUUCGUACAUGGUUCCGGACCGUGUGACAGGCUUGCAGGAAGUCGAAGAGUUCAAGCGGAUAUGUCCCGGCAGGACAUGGAAUUUUGUCGAGGUGGAUGUUCCAUACGAGGAGUCUCAAGCUGCGCGGGCAACUGUCGAAGCCAUCAUGUUCCCUGGUCGAACAGUGAUGGAUCUUAGUCUUGCUAUGGCGCUUUACUUUGCCUCCAAAGGGGUAGGCCGAGUCCGAAUUUCGGCAGUGCCCGAUGACUAUCAGCCAUACACUAGCACAGCACGAGUCCUACUCAAUGGCCUCGGCUCCGAUGAGCUACUUGGUGGAUACGGCCGUCACCGUACUGCGUACGCGACUCGAGGCUGGCAGGGCGUUAUCGACGAGCUCCAGCUCGAACUGGACCGCAUACCGACUCGCAACCUUGGACGAGAUGACCGCGUAAUUUCUUCACAUGGCAAGGAAACGCGCCAUCCAUUCCUUUCGCUCACGGUUGUCUCUUUUCUUGCGGGACUCCCUGUACAUCUUAAGCUUGAUCCGCGGCUGGAGCUGGGGCUCGGGGAUAAAAUGCUGCUGCGGCUUGCUGCGCAAAAGGUAGGGCUUCUUGAGGCGAGCGUGAGGAAGAAAAAGGCGAUGCAGUUUGGCAGUCAUUCUGCUCGCAUGGAGGCUGGCGAGGCAGAGAAGAGGGGGGAUCUUAUGAUUAGGACUGUCUCGGAGCCAUAGCACCAUUUAUUCAUGGCAACGUACUUGUAAUAUACUUGUGCAUUCCC